UCGCCAGCUGGAUCCUCUGGAAAAUCCCCCAGAAAAAAAGGUUUAUUUGACAGAAGGCUUCACACUUCACACAGCAGGAGAGCGCGCAGUGCUCCCACCGGCAGGACACAGGUGCCCCAUUGCCACCCCACCUGCAUCUCCCGAAAUGAAGGAAACAAGGGAAUGUCCCGGCUUUUUGGGCACGGAAAGAAGCAAGCGGGGAGGUUCCAGCCUGGAGAUGAAGCCGGGGGCACGUGUUGCCUGCCAGGUCACCAUGGCAGUGGUGUUCCUGGUUCUGCUCGUCACCGCCAUCGCUUUUGCAGUGCACGCUUUUCAACCUCGACCCCAGCCCUGUGCUCAGUGUCCGUUCGACUGGAUCGGGUAUAGAGGAAAAUGCUACCAUUUUUCGGAGGCUGAGAGGAACUGGACGUCCAGCCAGGACAACUGCUCAGCUCUCGGUGCUUCCCUGGCCAUGUUCGACAGCGUGGAAGACUUGAGCUUCACAAUGAGAUAUAAAGGCAUCUCGGAGCAUUGGGUUGGCCUUUCACGGGAAGGGGAGGAGCAACCAUGGAAAUGGGUGAACCACUCACGUCCGUCCCACCUGUUUCAGGUCCAAGGAGGUGGCUUCUGUGCCUACCUGGGUGACACCGGGCUCCGCUCCUCCCAGUGCGGCACGGAGAGGAACUGGGUUUGCACCAAGCCCGCGCUGAACAGCCCAGGCAAAGGCAACAAGACGAGACGAGCUCAAAACCUUUGCAUCAGCUCCUAAAUACCCAAAGCAAACAGGGGAAACGAGACAAAAGCUCAGAAACUUUGAAGGAAACUCAGGGGGGGAAUUCAGCCGGAAACUGCUGAAUAGGAACUAAAGUUACUACUUAAAUUUGCAACCCAACUUUCCCACACAGUGGCCAACAGCUGAUGAUUUCUCACGGCAGCACAGUCAUA